AUGUUUAAUCAUCAAUGUGAUCACAACUGGGACCCCCAGAACCCCCCCAGAGACCCCCCAGAGACCCCCAGAACCCCCCCAGAAACCCCCCAGAGACCCCCAGAGACCUCCAGAACCCCCCCAGAGACCCCCAGAGCCCCCCCAGAGACCUUCAGAAACCCCCCAGAGACACCCAGAGACCUCCAGAAACCUCCAGAGACCCCCAGAGACCCCCAGAAACCCCCCAGAGACCUCCAGAAACCCCCCAGAGACCCCCAAAGACCCCCAGAACCCCCCCAGAGACCCCCAGAACCCCCCCAGAGACCCCCAGAAACCCCCAGAGACCCCCAGAACCCCCCCAGAAACCCCCCAGAGACCCCCAGAGACCUCCAGAACCCCCCAGAGACCCCCAGAGCCCCCCCAGAGACCUUCAGAAACCCCCCAGAGACACCCAGAGACCUCCAGAAACCUCCAGAGACCCCCAGAGACCCCCAGAAACCCCCCAGAGACCUCCAGAAACCCCCCAGAGACCCCCAAAGACUCCCAGAACCCCCCCAGAGACCCCCAGAAACCCCCCAGAGACACCCAGAGACCUCCAGAAACCUCCAGAGACCCCCAGAAACCCCCCAGAGACCCCCAGAACCCCCCCAGAGACCCCAGAAACCCCCCAAAGACCCCCCCAGAGACCUCCAGAAACCCCCCAGAGACCCCCAGAAACCCCCAGAGACCUCCAGAGACCCCCCCCAGAGACCUCAACAGACCCCCAGAGACCCUUUGUGA